AGUGAACGCGAUUGUCGCGAUUGUAUUCACUUUCUCUUGUAAUUGGCUGAUUGCAUCCAUCUCGCUCAAAUUCGUCCCCAAAACGCAGAUCAACAACACUUUGAAGAAGAAGACGACCAGCUAAAACGACGUCGUUGGGCUUUAGUUUCAUUCCACAUUUCCAUCCUCUCACCCGCCAACACGUGGCAGCUCAAGAAGUUUCCUGAACCAAACUGACGGUAAUACCCAUCCCUCAUCAACGACAUCAACGACAAACCAAAAAAGAAACCGACGAGCAAACGAGACAGUGUGAGAGUCUGAGACUGAGAGAGAGCGAGAGAGAUGACGAUGGGGACGACGACGACGCAGGCGUACGGUGAGCCGUGGUACUGGGACAACCGCUACGCCAACGAAUCAGGGCCGUUCGAUUGGUACCAGAAGUACCAAUCUUUGGCGCCGCUCAUCAAUCUCUACGUCCCCCGCCACUCCAACCAGCACCAUCGCAUCCUCGUCGUCGGUUGCGGCAACUCAGCGUUCAGCGAAGGGAUGGCUGAUGAUGGAUACGAUGAUGUGGUUAGUAUUGACAUUUCCUCUGUGGUCAUCCAAGCUAUGCAGGACAAGUACUCUGACCGUCCACACCUCAAAUAUUUGCAAAUGGAUGUUCGAGAUAUGAGUGCUUUCCAAACUGAUUCCUUUGAUGCUGUUGUUGACAAAGGAACUCUAGACUCUCUGUUGUGUGGAAGUAAUUCGCGACAAAAUGCUGCUGAAAUGCUUGACGAAGUUUGGAGGGUCCUCAAGGAUAAAGGAGUCUAUAUUCUGAUCACAUAUGGAGCUCCAUUGUAUCGUUUGCAUUUGUUGAGAGAGUCAUGCUCGUGGACGAUAAAACUCCAUGUGAUAGAGAAACUUGCCUGUGAAGAUAAAUCAGAACCUCCAAUAUGGGAGCUGACAAAUCCUGUUCCAUUGAAUGACGAUGGAAGCUCAGCGGAGGAAUUGCUCGGAAACAAUCCUGAUGUGCAUUAUAUUUACGUUUGUGCAAAGGAUAAUUCUUUAAAGCCCGGCCUUAAGCGUGAAACAUCAGUUGAUUGAGGAAGAUGAGAAUCUUCAACCUCUUGCAGAAUCUUUUUCCCUUUACCUGCAUUGUUGCAUGUGUUGAAAGUUGAAACUGAUAAUUGUAGCUUCUUUUAGUAUGUUGUCUUGUCUGUAUAAUGUUGAACCAUAAGCUGAGCAUCUAAUUGGCAUGGGAUCUGCAAUUCAUUUGUUGAUAUAUUGAAGUUAUCGUAUUGGAACUGAUAA